ACUACUUUCUGGCAGGUUUGUGGUUCUAUCAGUAAGAAACAGAGACGUCUGGAACACACAGAUAGUUCAUCUUAAACAGAUAUGAAGUCAACUGUAACCCUGUGAGCGCCCUGCAUGAAGUCCCAGAGGGGGUUAUAAGGAAUAAAGUCAAGUACAGUCAGUUUACAUUCAGUAAACUCAUGUUAGACUUUAUGUUGUCUAAAAGCACAAACAGCUGUGUUGUUGUGUUUGCAUUCAAAGAGCGCUCUUACCGAGUACGAGGAGCAGGAGUGGCAGCAACAUCUUCAUCUCCAGAUAAAGUCCUGAUAACAACAACACGCAGCUGCUGAUGCACUACAGGUGCAAUGGCCUCUCAAAUAGCAAAGGUAUUGUUGUCAUUGGAUGCUGAAGCAGUUGGCUCACUCAAAGAAGGAGUGAAUUUCAAGAAAAGCCCAGAGGAUGGCAAGUGUUACAUCAUAUUUAAGAGCAACAAUGACUUUAAAGCAUGCAAGAACCAGUGCAAGCAUCAAGGGGGGCUGUUCAUCAAAGACAUUGAAGAUCUGGAUGGCAUGACUGUUAAAUGUACCAAACACAACUGGAAAUUAAAUGUGUCAACAAUGAAAUAUGUGAACCCACCUGACAGCUUCUUGCAGGAUGAGCUUGAGGUAUCAAUGUUGGAUGAUGGGGGGCUUCAGUUGGUGGAACUGAGCCCCGUUGAUCCCUGGAUGGCUGAUCCUCGAGAACCUCUGGAGCUCCAGAAGGGAGAAGUGAAAGUGACAUACUUCACCCAUGCCUGCAUGGAGCUACAGCUUGGCAAGAGAAGGUUCAUGUUCGACCCCUGGUUGAAGGGUCCUGCGUUUGCCAGGGGCUGGUGGCUUCUCCAUGAGCCUCCAGCAGACGCCCUGGACAGGCUUUGUGGUGCAGAUCUCAUCUACAUCAGCCAUAUGCACUCAGACCACCUCAGUUAUCCCACACUGAAAGUGUUGGCAGAAAGAAGGCCGGACGUCCCGAUAUAUGUCGGUGACACAUCCAGACCAGUGUUUUGGUAUAUAAAGGAAAGCCAAGUUAAGCUGACCAAUAUUAAAGUCCUUCCCUUUGGUGUUUGGCAAAAUAUUGAUGAUCACCUGAGAUUUAUGAUCCUGAUGGAUGGUGUACAUCCUGAAAUGGACACAUGCAUCAUUGUUGACUACAAAGGUCAUAUGAUCCUCAACACUGUGGACUGCACCAGACCGAAUGGAGGCAGGCUACCACAAAAUGUGGACGUGAUGAUGACUGACUUUGCUGGAGGAGCUUCUGGAUUCCCGAUGACCUUCUAUGGAGGGAAAUACAGUGAUUCCUGGAAGGCAGAGUUUAUCAAGAAUGAGAGGAAGAAGCUACUGAAUUACAAAGCUACACUGGUGAAAUCCCUGCAGCCGAGGAUCUACUGCCCAUUCGCUGGAUACUUUGUGGAGGCUCAUCCAUCAGACAGAUACAUAAAGGAUAAGAAUAUCAAAAACAGUGCAGAGGACCUCAAUGCACUCAUUAAUAAGCUUGCACCAGCAAUCAAAACUUGGACACCGCAGCCAGGUGCUGUGCUGGACCUCGGCCUCGCUCUGAGAGACCCCACCAACAGGGAGGCCAUCACCAAUCCCCCAGCUAGUGCAAAAAUCUACAAGGACAGCUGGGAAUUCGACUUGCAUGUGAAUGAGUUGAAGAGCGCCAUCAAGUCUGACAUAUUUAAACAUCAAAACUGGAUCCAGUUUUAUUACACAUGGGCUGGCUUUCAAAACUACAACCUGGUUGUGCGGGUCAUUGAAACAGAUGACAAGUUUGAAUGCAUCACUGAUGGUUAUGACUAUCUGGUGGACUUUCUGGAUCUAUCAUUCCCCACAAAGAGACCCAACAGAGAGCACUCCUACUUGGAGAUUAAAAACAGGAUUGGAGUGAUGAGGUACGUGGUGCUUCAUGGCUGUCUAUGGGAUGACCUGUACAUUGGCUUCCAGAACCGCAUCAGCCGAGACCCAGACAUCUACCACCACAAGUUCUGGAAACACUUCCAAGCAGAGCUGCCGCUUUGCAAGCCCGACUGGGAACACUUCCAAAAGCAGGUCGUCCCCAUCAGUGAGACCGGGAUGGGAAAUAACUGUGCCUUGUCAUGAAUUUGCAUUCUGGAUUUGUGAUAGAUAGUGUGCAGCCCUUCUGCUCGUCUGUGGAAGUAGGGGAGGCAACAGUUAAGUGAAGAAUAUAGUCAGAGAUCUCUCUCUUUGAAGGUAUAGGCCUGUGAGGUGGGUGUGGGAUGGAAUAAAAUACAUUUUGUUAUUAUCUAACCUGCAGUAUCCAUAUUGUAUUAACAAAUACAGCUUAUAGCUUUCAGACUAUAUUGAGAUGAGCAAACAUACUGGCAAUCUUUGAACUCUUGUUAUGGGAAUGACUAUAAUCAUUUUAUACAUAUUGUAUUCUUUGCCUAUAAAAGAGCUGUGGCUCAGUCCAUUAAUUGAAGGUCAAGAGCUUUGGCCAGCGAUAUGUCUGGCCAAUCCAGUGUGAGGUUGACUAGAGCUGUGGAAGGAAUUGCAAUACACGCUUACAAAACACUUAAAUCAGGUUAUUCUUUAUUAUCUUUUAUUUGUUCAUAUUCUUUUAUUAAGUUUUAAGUAGUAUCAUUUGAUUAAAACAUUCAUUCAAUAUAUUACACAUAUAGUUUCAGUUGUGUACGUGCUGGCCCUCUUGUGUGGUGGAAAGGUUACAAGGUUUAGCUGGUGAGGUGAGAGGUGAAAUACAGUGCAUUUCAGGUUGACACAUACACACACACACCCACACACACACACAGUAGAUAGACUCAUUUAUAGGUGAAAGUUUAAUCAUAUUUUGCUUGUGCCUGCAAAAGAGCAGUUUGUUGCAGAAUGUGUGCCUGAUGUUCCAGACGAUAAGCGAGCGCCCGGCAGCGACAGGAAGACACCUGGGAUGGAAACGAGGCAAUGUUCUUUUCAAACUGUGUUAAAAGUCAUUGUAGUUUUGAUUUGAUGUAUGCAUGUAUUGUAUCUGCUUAACACAUGAGGGGGCGUUAACCCUGAUGAUAUAAAAUAACUGUUUGUGUAUUGUUAAGGAGAGAUCUACAGCUGAUGUUUUGCAGUGUACAUCUCCCACACGUGUGUUCAUUAAAAUCAUCGUUUGACUCCA